ACAUCUUAAAAUGUAUAAAGCAGAGACUAAAAACAUUGUUCGAGACAUAAGCAAUUUUUAUGAUACAAUAUUUAAUCACCCUAAAGAAAACGUUGAAAAAGAGAUAAAGACUUUUGUACGGGAAUUUGAGUUGAAUAAGAAUGGUCGUGAAGAAGCUAAUUUGCAUAAAUGUAUUGUAUACACACAAGAUGCUCCAGAUAAAUAUACAGACGGGGUAACUUCUCUAAAUAAAAAGCUGAUCGGAGUCAAUGAAAAAUUACAAAAUGCAAAGCCAACUUUCGAAACGUUGUUAUCUGAAUUAACAGAAUUAAGACAAAACCGCCAAAGCAGAUCGGAUCCAUAUCAAAAAGAGCGAAAAGAGUUUUUAAAAGGAAUAGAAAAAGCAAAAAAGAAUUAUGAAGAAGAAAUGAAAGAGAGGGAACAAGAGCUUGUGAAAGAAUACAGAUUAUUAAUGGAAGAGGCUGUAAGAGGUGUUGCUCCUCCAUAAUAAUUGUUUAUUAUUUAAUUACAAGGAUUUUUGUAGAUAAUAUAUAACUUAAUAUAAAACAACUCUAUAAUUAUAAUUAUUAUGUCAUCGGAAGAUGCUUGCUAUUGACGAUUUAUUAAUUAUUAUAAAUAAAAAAUAUUCUACAUUAAUAAAUAAGACACUAAUUAUU